UCUGAAGUGUGCUGUGGUGUCAAAAUCGCGAAAAAUAACGCGUCUCGCGGCACAUGUGAUCGGGGUUGUUUAAUGUUUAUUUUUUUUCUUGGAGCGAUCUCUCUCAAGGCGUUUGGUAAACACAUACCUAAUGCAUUGCUUUCGUUAUUGAACAAGUUCAAAUUAAUAAUUUUGGAGAGAUCUAAUAUGUGAAUAAAUUCACUUUAAGAUUGCUUGUAAGUGUCAAAUGUUAUGUGUAGUGUUAGUGUAUUUUUGUGGCUAUUAGCCUUACCAAAUUGGUCGAAUUGGGCCGAUGGAAGCGAGUUUCCUGAUCGCGAAUGCUGCGACUUACCUUCGCCAUCACCAACUACUGUGAGUCCACCACCUACUGACCCUCCAGUUACCCUAAAAUCUGGGCCUAAUACAAAAACUACAGUAGCCAUAUUGAAUUGUCUUCUAGCUAGACAAUUCUGCUUCGAAGAUGCUUCUUGUUCCGCCAUCUUAGAAAUUAUACCAAGAGUUUGCGGUCCGGAAGUUGUUGCAUGUUCGACCGUAACCGUAACGAAAUGCCAAGCAGCCCUUCGCACUCUUCAGGCAUUUCCGUUCUUCAAGCCCACGUGUCUUUGUCGAGAGCCUCACGUGGACCCGGAGUGCAACUCCUUUAGAGAUUUUCUUUUCGAUCACCCUUGCGUGUUCGUCAUGAAAAAAGAGAAAGAUCCGUAUCCAGUUGAUGCCCUGCCAACAUGUAAUCACGCUUUAUCAGUUUGCCAACAAGAACAUAAAUGUAUUAAAUUGUACGAGGACUUCAAAGCCAACUGCAAAGUGCGAGAUAAUAGAUGCCGGAUGGAUGACAGAGAUUCAUGCUACCAAGCUUGGACCAACCUCCGAAAAUCUCCAAUGUUCGGUUGUAUAUGUCCCAAUAAUCAAAUGAAGAAGAGAUGCGACAGGAUUUUUAGUAUGGUUAAUCACAAUCCUUGCGUAGAUAGUGUAAGCGACACUGGCACAGGCUCAAGCACAGGCACAGACAUAGGCUCGAUCCUUGGCACACAUGCAAGCGUAGCAGACGUAGAGUUUGACUCUCACUUGGUAGAAGGAUCUCUCGUCCCUUAUGUGCAGACCUCUUCAGAGAUCGACGAUGAGACGGACAGUACUGCUUCCUCUGACAAUACGUCCUUCUUCGCAUCCGGCUCUUCCUUUGACGACGAGUUAGGCAUUGCCAUAGUUGAAAACCCGCUGGUUGACGCGGUCAACGGUCAAGAAGCUCACGCUGGCUACGACCACAUCAGCGUGAGCGUCUUAAAGAACAAAGAACGAACGUCUACGCUCGUGCGGAAAUACCCGGAAGAAACCGAAUACGAUCAACCCUUAGACAACUUUAUAUAUCAUCAAAAAUUACCAAGUGCAGAUGAUUUCAACGAAGUAGAAAAAAUAGUAUUCCAAAGUACAUGUCAUACGGCCUUAACAAGCUGUAAUAAUUAUUACCAUUGUCGAAUGCUGCUCAAUCCCAUUUUACACCAUUGCGACAUCUCACGCUGCAACAGAAAUUCAUGCAUGGAAGCUCUGCAGAAGUUCUAUAGCAAACCAGAUUUUCAUUGGAAUGUUGAAAUAGCAUUCUGUCUUUGCAAGAAAACUGACAACAAACAAGAUGCUUGUUUGAUUGCACAAGAAAAACUUCAUCCGGUGUGUGCACAAAGAACUGAAGAGUCGCCUCAACCAUCUUGUCUUCAUUUAGCAGAAGUUUGCAAAGAAAAUAAAGAAUGUAGAUCGAAGUUGGAGUAUUACGAGCAAUCUUGUGCUGUUGACGCCGUAACGAAAAAAUGUGCCGGAUCGCCGAUUGAAUGUCGAACGGCUAUUUUGGGAAUUUUAGGUACGGAUCUAAGGACGACUUGUGCCUGCAAAGGUACGGACAUGACACAAUUGUACGAAUGUCUCGGCUGGCAGAGACUCCUCUGGGUCAAUCCAUGUGUAGUUGAAUCGCAGAAAAACUUUCACAUGUCUAAGACUUUGGAGCAGGCCAAGCAUUCAACCACGGUUCCAAGUACGUCGGUUCCUCUCGUCCACCACCGUCCUACACAUAUUCAUCAAUACAAUAACCAUAAUAAAAUUUUCAUCUCGGCGACGGAAACGUCUAUGCAUACUAGACUCAAUACAAUUGCGGAAUUUAUUCCACCUCCUCAGGCUUUUGUACCAACUAGUACUACGAGUACAAGUACCAUUACGACGACCACCACUGCCACGACUACAACGACCAAACCCACGACAAGGCGAACCAAACCUCCGACUACGACUACCACAAUGCCACCAAAAUCUUGCGUUGUUCAGAGACCACAGUUUCCCAAUCAUUAUAUACCAGAAGGAACUUUCAAAAGGAUUUACCACGAAGAUGAAUUUGAAUGUUCAGACGUGUGUGAAUGUGAAAUUGGCGAGAAACUGACUUGUAGAACCAUUUGCAUAGACAGGAUGCCCUGCAAGACUGAAUUUGCGUAUUACAAUCAUGCGGCUCCGGCGUUUCAAGCUUUCCGGGGAAGGUGUCUAUGCUAUUCCGGAAGAUUCAUCUGCAUGAAACCCAUGCCGAACGAUUACUCAUUACCUCAGGGUGUUUUCCUCUUUUUGGGAUACAGCGAAGUGGAUGAGAAGGAGCUCAACAAGAAUCACACGGUAAUUGUUGUACAAGAUAUUGUUAGAGUGUUACAAAAUAUUAUUGAAGAGGAAGCUGUUAAUGGGACACUUUGUACUUUGGAGUUCUUUAAUGCAACUAAAGAAAACGUCAUUCUUUCUGGAAAACUCUCCGAAGACAUCGAUUAUAGUAAAUUGUCUCCACCAGAGAUUCUUGCUAAGGAGAAGGAGGAAUGCGUGGAUCUUUUAGAAAUGGUUAGCGAGAAGAUCAAUUCCAAAAACAGAGAUUUCGUUUCGAAUCUGUUACUGUCAAUAUUCAAAAUGGCGGAAGUGGAAAUAAUCCCAAUCGAAACGAAAUCAUCUUCAGCGAUAUAUUUUUUUAAACCACAUAUAUUGAUAUUAUCUGUACUACUAACUAAAAUAUUCCAAUAUAUACAAUCAACGCCAUCGUGACAUUAAGACUGAAAAUGUUAAAAUAAUUAUAUGUAUACAUAUCAUUAUAAAUAUGCGGAUAAAUUAAUGUCAGAUGUAUUUUCAUGAACAGCGUGAAAGCGGUCGAUAGUAGCCUAGGUCAAUGAAAAUUAUACAAAUCGUCAGUAAAAACUGAUGUUUGUUAAAGAUAUAAGUAGAUGGGCGGAAUUUGAGUCGACUAAAGAAAAAAUUCAAUAAAAGGCAAAUUUAUGUAUACUUUAGGACAUUUUUUUUAGAAACUAAAUACUUAUUCACUUGACUAUCAUUACAGAUAAAGCAGAAUCGCUCUCAUUGCCCGACUGGAAAAUGAAAUCAACUUUAAGUUCUGUCUAUUAAAUAACGAGACUGGUUACAAUAAAAGAUUUUAUUAUAAAAAUUAUUCUAUAUUCGAAUGCUCCCCUUCAAUAUACUCCUCUCCCCUCGCCACAUACCUUUCCAUACGUAUUUUCCAUUGAUCGAAGCAGUGCUGGAUGUCUUCUUUGGUGAGUGCCUUUAGGAGCUCUGCUGUUUUUUGCUUCAUCGCUUCCAUCGACUCAAAUCGGGUCUCUUUCAAAGCAGGUUUUAUCUUCGGAAGCAAAGAAAAAGUCGCACGGUGCCAAAUCUGGUGAGUACGGCGGAUGUUCGAGUAGCAGAGUAUGCUUUCUGGCCAAUUACUGUUUCAAAGAUAGCGCGUUAUGGACAGGUGCGUUGUCCUAGUGCAAAAUCGGACCGUUUUUUACGAACUCGUUCUCGCAGUGUUGCCAAAACUGACAAAUAGUAAGUCUGGUUGACAGUCUGACCCUCUGGAACCCAUUCAGUUAUCACGAUACCUUUAAUGUCGAAAAAAACAAUCAACAUUGUCCUUUGAAUUUUGAUGCCUCUAGCAACAAUUUAUAGUACUCAGUCGGAGUUUUUUUCAAUUUAACGAGAAAUUUGAGAUUCAUACUUUGCUCCUGUUUUUAUUUAAUAGUCAGACCUCGUAAUCAACCGAGUUGUCAGGACCAGAACAUUCUCGAUACCACAUUUCGUUAGUUUUUCCUGUGUCAGAACAAACACAAUGUCUUCUGAAUAUUCUGACUCAUCGUUGCAAUUAUUCUUUAUCAGACGUGUCAGUUCACAUUUUCUUUUGCUGUUGUUACUUAUUUUGAUGUGGACGAGGUGGUAGAAGUAUUGACAAUAGCUGACUCUGGAUUUGUUUUAUCAGUCGACAUAAACGGGAUUUUAGGAUUGUAUUUGGUGCUAAGUUUGGUAUACUUUUUGCCUCCUCUUGUAUCUCAUUUCAUAUAGAUGUACUUACAGCAAGGUCAGUACCAAGUAACUGCUCUUGGUCAACAUUAAGCAUGUAUUGGAAUGGACAGAGCUUUAAAUUUUCAGCUCCCUUUGAAUGCUACGAUCUCAUACAGUACGAUGUUCACGUGCUGAUCACUAUUGAUCAUCGUUUCAACUUGUACGCUAAUGCCAAUAUGUAUUUUAUUUUUUAUUUAUGCUGCUCGUGGGUAUUCUGACUGUCUCAUCUCUGAUAGAGCUAUAAAGCAAAAAACUGUAUGUUGAUUGGUUAUUUGUGGUUUUCGGUAGACUGAUGCAAAAAAAACCACUAAAUAGUACUUGGAAAAUAAUAGAAACUCAAAGUAUUACAUAGUUCUUUUAACAGAAUGUUUGUUUGAUGUUUAUGAUAUGAAAAAUAAUUAAAUAGACAAAAUCAAAAAGCUACAAAUCGAGUUUUCACUCUGUGCAUAAAUAAAAUCAUUUAAUGUAUAACUAGGUUUUACUAGAACACUUUGUACAUAUCAUUGUUGACUAUUAUUGUUACUGUUAAGAAAUAGACUAAAUUAGUCACAGACUGUAUGUUUUCAAAACGCCGUGUUCAGAUCCUUGCUAAUACAUCACAUCAUGUAUAUAUUAAUUUUCAUUAUUAAUUAUCUUCGAAUCAGUAGCAGGAUUUUUGUAAUUUUUAGUUUAUAAGGAUUUUUAGCUUAUACAACAACUGCAAUUACUAGUAUCAUCGAAGACGAAAUGUUCAAAGCUAUAAACUGCGCAAUAACGAAUAAGCAAUAAGAGUAUAAAUAAAGUGCAGUAAGAAACUCAGAAACAAUUAAGCUGAUCGAGAAUUUGAAGUCCAUUUUUUCUGAUUGUCAUUCCAGGCAUGCGGAUUUUGUUGCACAGAAGAUGAAACACAUUCUAUCAAAGUGUGAAAACUCCAGAGCACUACACCUGGGAGCCCAUUGAUAUAGAAGACGAAGAUCUCUGAUAGCUACAGCCAUCCAACAUUCUAUACUUUUCAAAAGGAGUGGUAUUAAUGGAUCAGCGGGGUUCUCCAGUAUCGCAGCAAGAUCCUUUGGAGCGUAAAUCAACAAAAUGUAGUGAAUAUAGAUGUAUAAGCAUUAGAAACUAAUAUCUUCUGACAAGACACCGGUAACGUUCGCGUAGAUCGCCAAAUGGGGUUGAAAUAAGAAUAUGAGUUAGACAAGGGUACAUUCUACCUCCAAUUCUUUUUAAUUUGUGCUCUGAAGAAAUAUUCAAGUUUUUAAAAACGCUGAUGACGAGAUCUUGAUUUAUAUCAAUAAUAUACGCUAGACUGAUGAUAUUCUUUCAAUAACCAGCUCGUUUGAAGAACUAAAGAGACUCAUAGACUAUCUUGUUUUAGUCUGGCAGGAUCAAGGACUGAAGCUUAACACAAAGAAGAUCAUAACUAAAUAUCGAAAUGUACCAGAAAUGGAAUAGUAAACCUGAGAACCGAAAUAAACAGCCAAAGCGAGAGCAGCUUUGCAGCAAUGAUCUUACAAAAAAAUCUGCUCAUGCGUUUAGAAUCGUUUGAGAUGUAGGUUUAUCGCCGUAGUUAAGAAAUAGUUUGUGACGAUAAAUGAAAUCUUCGUUAAUGGUUCCGGAAAUCAAAAACGAUCUAAAACAGUCACGGCAAAUGAAGAAGAUAUAAUAAUAGUUUCGUUUGUGGAACAAAUUUUUAUGUCAAUUUUUUGAUUAUCCUAAAUAUUUUUGUAAUUUAACUUUUUUCAUGCGAUGUUGUUGAAAUAACGACUAGAGCUUAAACAAUAACGAAAUUUAAAUCAACAGCUAUUUUAUCGGAAAAUAACAAAAUGGGAUUCUAAUGUUCUAAUUUUAAGAUAUAGGUGUCAUUUUUUUAAUAAGCUACAAGAACAAAAUCAGAACUUUGAGUUGGUAACACUACAUUACUUAACAACCCAUUACCCAGCUGAUCGUCCCUUUUUGUUCAGUUUGGAUAGUUUUCCGACCACCGAGUCUUAUUGAUCAUGCACAUCUCGUGAGACACCGAAACGAAGAAAUUUUUUGUACAAGGAAGCAUUGAUUAGAGAAAAUCCAAAUUCGUAGUUCUGAGUAAAUAGGACCACUAUGAAAUAUUUUACGAUUGUAACUUGGAUUGAAAGCUUUCAAGAUUCACUUUGUGCAUGAUUUGAAGCCAAACAAAAAAAUUUUUUUUCAAUGAAGUCCAUUUUUAAUUGAACUGCGAGGAUAAUCCACAAGCUUUUUCAAAACACCACUACAUUUACAGAAAAUUACUAUUUGGUACGGUUUAAUUUCUUUGUGUGUUAUCAAAUUAUAAAGUUAUUGUCAAUGAUAAAGGGAAUCUUGACGUUUCGUGAAUUUUUUUGGGUGGAAUUGCACUUUUCCUCACCAUAAUUAUUGAUAAUUUUCACGCCAAAUUCUUCUAAAAUGUAUUAGCAUGGAAGUUUUACAUUUUAAGUUAAACUGAUUGCAAAAAAUGGGUGUUUAAAUUAACAUGUACACGGUGUUUUUAAGUAUUGCUCAGAUCUUUAGAUACGAGAUGAUAUCCUCAUCGGAUCUAUAGUUUAAACUUUAUUACCUAUUUUUUGACUAAAUAGUCGAAGUGUUGUACUAUAUAAUUUUAUAUUUGCUUUUGAUGUAGGACUAAUUUACUAAUAACUUAGAUCAGGAAACGUCUUCCUAAAAUGUAAGUUUUUGACAUCCCGAAUAUCUGCUUGUCCGAUAGGUACUACAUGCAUCAAUUGAUGCUGCACUACAAAAAGGUCUAAACAUAUUAAGUUUAUAAACAAAAAGCGUUCUUAAAAAUACAACUAUUACAAAUCAUAUUUUUAAUCUUAUACGAAGUAUGUCAAAAGUAUAAUUCGUACUGAAAUGGUUAUAAGUCCGAGAAAUGAUUUAGUACGAUACUAGAUAGAUGUUUAUGGACGAGGCGACGAAGGAGCCGAGUCAAGAAUAUCUAAUCGAGUACCGUAAUAAUAACUUCACGUACGUAUAUCAUACUGUUUUGAUAAAUUCAAAAUCCUUGCAAGUACACUACAAUUCAGUCUUUUAUAUGGAAAAUCUAAACUUGGAGUCAUUUUAUUUUUAAUAAUGAUUUGGGACUGAAAAAACAUAAUUAUUGGACCGGAGUUAUUUCAAAAUGAACUGAAUGGAAAAAGUAAAUAUAAUUUUUAAUUCAUCAGUUGUUCCAAUUGAAUUUUCUUUAAAUGGUACCAGCAAUGCAAUAAAACUGUUCAUGUCGAUUCAUAUACUUGACUUUCCGUUUGCCAUUGCCGAUAAGUCUGCCGUUGGUAACUUUCAACAUAAACGAAUUUUAUAUUUUCCCUUCUGCCAAUCGUAACAACUUUUGGUAGCAAUAGAAAAGAGCCAAUCACAUCCGUUUGUCACGUGAUUUUGACAUAUGACGUUAGAGCGUAACGUUGAUGUUUGUUUGUUUAUGGUGAUAUUUUGGCUUUGCUUGUUUUCUCUUCGUUAUUUUCCAUAAUAUCGCUCAUAAAUAAUAUAUUACAAACAAAAACACAAAAAUAUUACGAGAACAAAAAGCAGAACACACGUCAAAAAGAAUAACAAAAUUUUUAGUUUGACAGCAACGUCAAAUUCAUGAAUACAAUGUAGAAUUUGCCACUAACGUCAAACGGCAAACGUCACCCGUGAAUGGCAACAGCAAACGGAAAAUCAAGUUUAUGAAUCGGCCUUUUUUAUUGGUGAGAUGAUGCCUCCAAGGUUGCUGUGUUGUUUUGAUUCUUUCAAACCUGCAAACAAGGUUGCAAGCAUUUCCUCUAAUGACUCUAAAGGGGCUAAUAUAUUGGACCAUGACCAAAUGCAUGUCUUCACAUUUGGUCGGAUUAUUCUUCUUUCUCCAAUGAUUUGUAUUUAAUAUACAAGGUGUGGCUAUUGAAUAACGAAACUGGUGGUAUAAAAUAUUCGAUUUCGUUAUUAUGUACAUAUAAUGAACACAAAAAAAAUCGAAAAAAAGACGUAAUGAACACACCUAACAAAUCUUCAAACGAAUAUUUACGACUCGACGUAGGUGUCGUAUGCCCAUACAAAUUAGUCUUUUGAUCUGUACGAUGUCUGGCGUAAUGUUCAGGUCUAUACGAAGCGCGAGGGUUUAAACCAAAAAUUUUUUCUUCAUCAUAAAUUUUUAUAUAAAAUUCCAUAGAAAUAUCUAUUCCAAAUAUUAUAGUCGACAUGUAGAGUUUUUUUUCUUCUCCCUAGAUUAUA